GAGAGACGGUAAACAAAAGGCAGAUCACACAGAGGAGCACCGAGGUUAGACAGCUCAAGAUACUGAACACAUCAGACAUGAGCUACCAGGUUUGCAACUGCUGCGGCUGGUCCAAAGCUACGACCUACCAGGGCCUGAGAAUUCACCAGGGGAAGAACGGAUGCACACCGAAGGGGAUGAGGAUCCCUGAGAGUGAACAAUACAGAAUGACCAGUCACGUUCCUAAAUUUACCUAUGUGGGACCUCCAAUCAAAGUAGAAGAGCCUUUUACGAGUAUUUUCACCCCUUCUUUAAAGUGUGACAGAACAAACUCAGACACGAGUCUCCAGGUUUGCCACUGCGGCUGGUCCAAAUAUACAUCUUACCAUGGGCUGAGGACUCACCAGGGGAUGAUGGGAUGCACGCCAAAAGGAAUGAGAAUCCCAGAGGAUGAACUGUACAAGUGGAGAGAUCCAUGGGAUAAAUCUCAUCAGGAGGACAGUGGACCAAUUUACACCACUCCGCUCAAGAAGGAGAAUGAGCUGAUGUCGCCAAACCUCGCCACCCCAAUGAGUCCAACAGUCGGAGUAAUAGAGAUGAUGAAAUCAGUGCUUGAAAAUCAGUACUCAUGGCAAACGACCACAAACUCAGACAAAAGUCUCCCAGCGCUUGAAUUCCCCACUGGUGCACAGCAGCCUUUCCUGAUGCCGGUGUUAGAGACCCUCAGCAGCCAAACAAAUCCUACAGCCCCAGAAAUAAAAGUGAAGGAGACCAACAAUUCAUUGUUUGGAACUCCACAGCGCUCUUAUCAAACCGCCACCAACUUGGACAAAGUUCAAGAUUUCUCCACUGGUGCACAGCAGACUGUCCUGAUGCCCGUGUUUCAGACCCUCAGCACCCAAGCAAACCCUGCAGCCACAGAAGUCAAAGUGAAGGACACAAACCAAUCACUGUUUCAAACUCCGGAGCACGUUCAUCAAACCGCCACCAAAGCUCGCCGGGCGCUUGAUUUCUCCACUGGUGCUCAGCAGGUUGGGCAACUGUUCUUGGAUCUUCCAUCGACCACAGCAGUCCAACCAAAGGAGAAAGGGGGACAGAAAGAGCUGGAGAAAGAGAGACAGACAGAGCUGGAGAAAGAGCGAGAGAAAUACCUGGAGAAAGAGAGACAGAAAGAGCUGGAGAAAUACCUGGAGAAAGAGCGAGAGAAAUACCUUGAGAAAGAGCGUCAGAAAGAGAGGGAGAAAGAGAGAGAGGCUCAAAAACUGAUAAAGGCAAAGCAAGACAGAAUAAAGGCUGAUUUGCAGCAGAAGAUUCAGAUGAGAGAACAAAAGAUAUCUGAAGUCAGAUCAUCUGUAGUAGCCAGUAAGGGCAGCUUGGAUAUUGAAUGGCUGGAGAUCAACACUGUGUUCUCGGAGGUGAUCAGAGUUGUGGAGGACAAUCGACAGAAAGCCCUUCAACCUCUGGAGGAGAG